UCGAAGAAAUAUAUUUUUCAAAUAUAAUCAGUUUUUAAGGAACAUAACCUCAAGAAGCUAAACUGGACCAAUAGAGAACUAAACAAAUUGUAAAAUACAUAUGUCGCCCUCAAAAACAUUUAUGAAAUGCUUACAAUUUGCUGCUUUAAAACAUCGUGACCAAAGACGGAACAAUGCAAAUCAAACUCCAUAUAUUAAUCAUCCUAUAAAUGUAGCCACCAUUUUAUCCAUGGAAGGCAACAUUGACGAUGAGUCGAUACUUAUGGCGGCUCUACUGCAUGAUACGGUUGAAGACACUGAUACAACUUUUGAAGAAAUUGAGGAUAUUUUCAGAACUGAAAUAUGUAAUAUUGUACGUGAGGUAACAGAUGAUAAGACUUUAGAAAAACAUGUUCGUAAACAACUGCAGAUAGAACAUGCAGCAGCAGCGAGUACCAAAGCCAAGCUGAUAAAAUUAGCUGAUAAAUUGGACAAUUUGAGGGAUUUAGAACAAAUAUUACCAAAUAAUUGGACAGAGCAACGUCGCGAUGAAUAUUUUGCAUGGGCUAAAAAGGUGGUCGACAAUCUACGUGGUACGAAUAAGGAAAUAGAAAAUGAAUUGGAUGAGAUCUUUAAAAGACAUCAAUUAUUGUAAAUUUAAUAAAGAAACUAGGCUGUAGACAAAAAACUAUUACGAAUUAUCACAAAUU